AUGUUUCUAGCCACUGCCUACACCCCCGAGCCCCCGGCUGCACACAUAGCCCAAGAACUGAAGGGCGCCAUCGAUGAGGUUGGGGGAUUAUGCCGUUGGCCAGCGUAGACUUGAUCAAGGAAUCGAGUACCUGGUGGAAAUAGGCAUCCUGUUGAAGGCCAAGAAUUGCAAGAGCUUCACUGGGUGGGUUACCGCUGAUACCAUCAAAGAGGGUGUUAGGCAAUAA